UUUGCUUUUGGUUCAUCUCCCCUCCUCUCUCUCCUUCCCCACUUUCCCCCCUCCUUUUCCUCUUCUUCUUUGUGGAUGCUUAGGAGUGUUGGGUGCGUAGAGAAGUGUCCCACAUCAACAAAAGCAAAGAAACACCUUCUGGCUUAAGAAUUGAUGAUGGAUCCAAUCAUUUCGUCAGUGAGAUUUUACAUGAGGAACACAAUGUGGAGUGGCUCAAUCUGCUAAAAUCAAAUUAAUGGUUUCAGAGGCGAAGUAGUAGUUUUACUCUUUUGUUGUUUUUGUGUGAAUAAACCACAACAAGUGUAUUGGAAGAGUGAGAUAUCAUGAAGGGAUCUGCUGACUCGAUCCAGGACAAGAUUCCUUCAAAGACGCUUCUUCCGUCACAGCCUAAUGACGUGCGUUCUUCUGGCGGUUCGAAUGUGCCGGCGCAACAAAUAGAUUCCAUGGAAUCAAAGAAGACCCUCAGCUUGGAGGGUAAUGAAGGCGAAGAGAAGAAAACUGAUGAGACGAGCAGCACGAAUAGCAGUUUUAGGACCGCUAAAGUUAGCGAUGGGACUACCAGUCUCGUAAAGCUCAAUGAAAGUGCUAAGACAAGCGGGCGAUCCGAAUUCGCUGAAAGCGGAAAGAGUAGCAUGUGCAGGCCCAGCACAAGCAGCGACCUUAGCGAUGAGAGCUCGUGUAGCAGCAUGAGCAGCAGCAUCACCAAGCCUCAUAAGGCGAACGAUUCAAGGUGGGAAGCGAUUCAAAUGGUCCGAGCUAGAGACGGGUCCUUGGGCUUGAGCCAUUUCAGGCUGCUAAAGAAGCUCGGCUGUGGUGAUAUUGGUAGCGUUUAUUUGUCGGAAUUGAGCGGAACAAAGAAUUACUUUGCGAUGAAGGUUAUGGAUAAGGCCUCGCUGGCGAGUAGAAAGAAGCUGCUUAGGGCUCAGACCGAGAGGGAGAUAUUACAGUCGUUGGAUCAUCCGUUUCUUCCGAUGUUGUAUACCCACUUUGAGACUGAUAAGUUCUCGUGUUUGGUGAUGGAGUUCUGUCCAGGGGGAGAUUUACACACUCUUCGACAGAGGCAGCCUGGGAAAUAUUUCUCGGAACAAGCCGUCAAGUUCUAUGUUGCUGAGGUUCUUCUCGCAUUGGAAUACCUACACAUGCUCGGGAUCAUAUACCGCGACCUAAAGCCAGAAAACGUACUCGUCCGAGAGGAUGGCCACAUAAUGCUGUCCGACUUCGACCUCUCCCUUCGUUGCACGUACAGCCCGACUCUAGUCAGAUCAUCAAACCCUGACUCCGACCCACUCCGGAAGAACAACCAAGCAUACUGUGUGCAGCCUGCCUGCAUCGAACCAUCCUGCAUUCAACCCUCAUGUAUUGCUCCCACCACAUGCUUCGGCCCGCGUCUCUUCUCCUCCAAGCCCAAGAAGGAUCGGAAGCCCAAGCCUGAGAUCGUCCACCAGGUCAGCCCGUUACCCGAGCUCAUAGCCGAGCCCACCGAGGCCCGCUCCAUGUCCUUUGUUGGCACCCAUGAAUACUUGGCUCCGGAGAUUAUCAAAGGCGAGGGCCAUGGGAGUGCUGUGGACUGGUGGACCUUCGGAAUUUUCUUGUAUGAGCUAUUAUUCGGGAAGACUCCCUUUAAAGGGUCGGGUAAUAGAGCUACACUUUUUAAUGUUGUGGGUCAGCCCUUACGGUUUCCUGAGAGCCCGAUUGUGAGCUUUUCCGCGAGAGAUUUGAUACGGGGGUUGCUCGUGAAGGAGCCGCAGAACAGGCUUGCAUAUAAGCGUGGAGCUACUGAGAUAAAGCAGCAUCCUUUCUUCGAGGGUGUGAAUUGGGCCUUGAUUCGGUGCGCGACCCCUCCGGAGAUCCCAAAGCCUGUAGACUAUGACCGCCCGAUGAGGCCCCCGCCAUCUGCGAACGAGAAGGUUGCCCACAAUACUAAUCAGAAAGGUUCGGAUAAUUAUCUAGAAUUUGAUUUCUUUUAGAUUCUCUCGUUCUCUUUUCGAGUGUAUGUCCGUGGCAGAGCCAUUUUCUGUUGUAUAUUGUUUGCUCUGUCAAGCAGCUUCUAUCGUUUUCAAAGCGAACUGCUUAAGCUCUAAUUUGUAUUCUUCCCAUGGAUUUUGCAAAUUUUAAAUGCUCUCUAGUAUUCUCGCCA